UAUGCGAUCUGCAAGCAUAUGCCAUAUGCGAUCUGCAAGCAUAUGCCAUAUGCGAUCUGCAAGCAUAUGCCAUAUGCGAUCUGCAAGCAUAUGCCAUAUGCGAUCUGCAACCAUAUGCCAUAUGCGAUCUGCAACCAUCAUAUGUUAUAUGCGAUCUGCAAGCAUAUGCCAUAUGCGAUCUGCAAACAUAUGCCAUAUGCGAUCUGCAAGCAUAUGCCAUAUGCGAUCUGCAAGCAUAUACCAUAUGCGAUCUGCAACCAUAUGCCAUAUGCGAACUGCAACCAUAUGCAAUCUGCAAGCAUAUGCGAUCUGCAAGCAUAUGUGAUCUGCAAGCAUAUGCGAUCUGCAAGCAUAUGCAAUCUGCAAGCAUAUGCCAUAUGCGAAUCUGCAAGCAUAUGCAAUCUGCAAGCAUAUGCCAUAUGCAAACAUAUGCCAUAUGUAAGCAUAUGCCAUAUGCAAGCAUAUGCGAUCUGCAAGCAUAUGUGA